AUGCAGGUGAAUUUCCCAGAAGACAAAAUUGAUUUGUUUGAAAAAAAUUUCAACUUAAUUGACAACAAUAAUGAUAAAAAAAUUAGCCCAGAAGAAUUUAAAAUACUCAUACGCGUCCUGGGGCAAACAAUAAACGAAAAAGAUCUGGAUGAAAUAAUAAAUAAGCAUUUUGAAGAUGGUAUAGAAGAAUGUGAUAAAGAACAAAAGGAUAAUGAUGAAAAAAAUAAUAAAUCUAUUAAUAGUAUAAAAAAAAAAUAUGAUAUUAAAAAUUCAAUAUCCAAAUUUAGUAAUAUAAAAAGUAAUGAAGAAAAAACACAAAAUUCUUUAAUUAAAAAUAAGGAUCAUUUAAAUGAAAAAAUAAUAAAUAAAAAACAUAUUAACUUUGAAGAAUUUUUAAAAAUUUUUAUGAAUAUAUAUACUCAACCUAUAUCAUUACAUGAAUUAAUCAAAUAUUUUCAAAUCUUUGAUAAUGAAAAUAAAGGUUAUAUGGAUAUGGAGAAAUUAAAAUAUAUUCUUAUGAAUUCUGAUGAAAAAAUUACAGAUGAGGACUUUAAAUUCUUUUUGGACUCAAUAAAUUUCAAAAACGUAGAUAAAAUAGAUUAUGUUAUUUUAUCGAAAAUGAUAAAAAAUUUAUGUUAA